GUUGUUGCUGUUCUUGGAUCUGGCGGUGGUCUGCGUGCUAUGAUUGGUUUCUUGGGUGUGCUUUCAGAACUAGCUAAUCAAGAUAUUCUAGAUACAGUCACAUACAUUUGUGGUACUUCUGGAUCUACAUGGUGCAUGACAUCACUCUAUAAUCAUGACAAUUGGUCAGCAAGCAUGGGAGAAAUGGAACGUAACAUUUGCGAGAAACUCAGCAAGCAUGAGUGGGACUGCACAAAAUCAUGGGAGAAGUUUGAACAAAUAAUGAGACAGGAUACUGCAUCAUUAACUGCUUUUUGGGCGUAUGUGGUCAUUCAAAUGAUGACUAAAGACAUUAAUGAGAUGAAACUUUCAGAUCACCGUACUUCCUGUGAGACUGGCACAAAUCCAUAUCCAAUAUAUGCGGCUGUGGAAAAAGAAAAUGUGGAUAAUGGCAUUCCGCAUAAACCAGGAACCUGGUUUGAGUUCACUCCACAUAAAGCUGGCUUUCCAGCAUAUAGACAUUUUGUGGACACAAAGUUGCUAGGAAGCCAAUUUGAAGAAGGCAAGCCAGUGAAGAUCACACCUGAACGAGAACUCUGUUUUCUGCAAGGAAUAUGCGGCAGUGCACUUGCAAGCACGGAGGAAAUGUGGGACAUUAUCAAAGGCCACUUCAAUAAUACCCUCAGCGAAGCAAAGUGCACCACAUCUAAUGAAGACAAAGAUAUCGGCUCCUUAAAGUGCAAAAAAUGUAAAGAUUUGCACUGCCUGAUUUCUGAGGACCAUCAAAGCACAGAUUUUCAUCACAAAGAGGAACUCCUGCUUGCUCUGACUCCAUUUUUAGAUGACACCAAACUAAAGGAAAAUAAAAAAGAAAUUGAAGACAGCAUGGAAACAUAUAAGAACAUAUCUAAUUGGUUUAGUUGGGGAUUAGAUUGCUGUAAAAUGGUAUCUCAAUUAUUUAUUUCACUUGUGAAAUGGGAAUGGGGAAAGUAUUUUCACUCUGAUGACAAUCACAGUGAUUCAGAGCUUUGUGAAAUGUGGACAAUGACGCAUAGUUUUUUGGUUUCUCUUGCAAGAUGGGAAUGGGGAAAAACCCAUAACUUCUUCUACAAUCCCAAUGACUCAGGUAGUGCUAACAAUGACAUGCUCAAUAAGGAAUAUAUUUACUUAAUUGAUGCUGGCCUGGAGAUAAAUACUGCCUACCCAUUAAUGCUCAGGCCGAAUCGCAAGGUGGACCUCAUUCUAUCUUUUGAUUUUAGUAGCGGUGACCCAUUUGAGACCUUAACUAAAGCCAGAGAGUAUUGUACAAUAAAUGACAUUCUAUUCCCUAAGAUUGGCAUUCAAGAUGAAGGAAAUAAAGAAAACAUUCCAUCACAAAACUGCUAUAUAUUCGAAGACAAUGAUAAAGAUGUCCCAGUGGUGAUGCACUUCCCACUCUUCAACAGCAGGAAUUGUGGAGAUAAUCUGCAACAAUGGAGGGAUAGGUAUUGCACCUCUAAAUAUUCCUACACAGACCUUGAUGUACAAGAUCUACUGAGAGUCUCAAAAGAAAAUGUUAAAUUUAGCAUGAAUCAGAUUUUGGAAAUGCUUCAACAACUACGAAAGCAUGGCUGAUGAAGAAAUCCGUUUCCCACCAGUCCGAUGUGAUGCAACACAAAACACAACUCAAGCUAUAAUUGAAA